AUGGGCCCCUGUACCGCCUCCUCAUGCUGCUGCCAGGCCCGUAAUCUGCCAUGGGCCCCCGUACCGACUCCUCAUGCUGCUGCCAGGCCCGUAAUCUGUCAUGGGCCCCUGUACCGCCUCCUCAUGCUGCUGCCAGGUCCAGAGUGUGUCAUGGGUCCCUGUACGGCCUCCCAUUGCUGCUGUCUCCAUCGCCACACUCUGCCACGUGCCACUUUCAGGUCUCCUCACACUGCUGGUGGGUUCCAUUUUUGUCAUAGGGUGCUGUAUGGCCUCCCAUUGCUGCUGCCUCCACCGCCACACUGUGGCUCCACACUCUGGUUUUGGCCCUGUGACUGCCCAAAUGAGUGAAGUGUGCGGUGAUUCUAAGAUCGACGGCACUCAUCUGCAUGUCAUACUGACUGACAGUAUUAUUUCUCUUCCCCAGCAGACUCCAAGGGCAUUUAAAUUAAAGGUACAGUGUUCUGCACUAAUAUAA